CGGAGCUUGCCAGUUGCACAUUGAAGUUAGCGUCUUUGCACUUGGCAGUAGCAUAACUGCAAGCUAACCAUGGCAGGCAAGAGGGCGUUAGUAAUCCUGUCUAAAGGCGCAGAGGAGAUGGAAACGGUUAUUCCUGUGGACAUCAUGCGUAGAGCUGGGAUUGCAGUGACGGUCGCAGGACUAACGGGCAAAGAGCCAGUCCAGUGCAGCAGAAACGUCGUCAUUUGUCCUGAUGCUAGCCUAGAGGAUGCCAGCAAACAGGGCCCAUAUGAUGUAGUGCUUCUGCCUGGAGGAAUGCCAGGGGCCCAGAAUCUGGCUGAGUCUCCUGCCGUGAAGGAGGUGCUUAAGGAUCAGGAUGGCAGAAAAGGACUGAUUGCAGCCAUCUGUGCAGGUCCUACUGCACUUCUGGCACAUGGUGUCGGUUACGGUAGCACAGUCACUACACACCCUGCCAUGAAGGAGAAGAUGAUGGCUGGAGACCACUAUAAAUAUUCAGAGGCUCGAGUACAAAAGGAUGGACAUUACAUCACCAGCCGUGGGCCAGGAACCAGUUUCGAGUUUGCCCUGACGAUUGUAGAAGAACUUAUGGGGGCUGAGGUUGCAGCUCAAGUCAAGGCUCCUCUUAUUAUGAAAGACUGACUGUGUUCACUUUCAUCCUGCAAGCAGCGCUGACUGCUAUAUAAGUCUGACACUGCUAAGACAGCUAAUCCAAUGUAGCUGAUACAAGGAGUAACCAGUGAUAAAACCUUUCUCACUAGGUGACAUAAGGAUGUUUCUCUUCUGACCUCCUUCCUUUCUUAGUUUGGCAAUGAAAGGCACCUUUUUUGUUAUUUAACAUCGAAAUACAAUAUAGAUAAUAACUGUACAGGCUUUCCAAAUGACAUGAAAUUGAUUUUGUUUCAUUGUCAUCAAUCACAAAUUGCUCAUUAUUUUGACAGCUUUUUUGUUUCAUCUGUCAUUAAAAAAUGAAUGCGACAAAA